AUGGGGUUCUUCACCCUGUCCGUCACCGGCGGGGGUUUCUUUCUGAUCGGAGCGUGGGAGGUACUCUCUUCCUUGAAUUCCAUUGCCAAUUCAAAUCCAAACGCAUCUUCCUCUCUCGAUGCCGCCCAAACCCCAUCUCGAUUUCCGCCGUCAACCGCCAAAAACCCCUCAUCUUCAUCGUCUCUCUCUUUCAUCUUCGUCUUCAUUCUCUCAUUUCUUGUCAUAUUAAACUCCCUCGUUUCAUUUUUUGAUGCGGUGAACUCGAGCGAUCGAGUCGGCUCCACCCUCCAGUUACCAAAUCUGGCCAUUGCUUCUCUUUUCUUGCUUUAUUCGAUUCUUGGUUUUUUGGUUAAUCUCAAGGAUUCACUUCAUCUUCCAUCAUUAAUCCUUAGUUUAAUUGCGCUAUUCGCUUUUGUGGAAGAGUUUUUGUUGUUCUACCUGCAGAGGAAAGACACCAGUGGAAUCGAGAAUCGGUAUUUUGAUCUCUUGCUUGUUCCCAUUACAGUUUGUGUUAUCUCUACAAUGUUCGAAUUGAAAUCCCCCAAAUUGAAUUCUCCCAAAAUUGUUCGUGGGGUUGGGCUGAUUCUGCAGGGGACAUGGUUCUUACAAAUGGGGUUGUCUUUUUUCACCACUUUGAUUGCUGAUGGGUGCUCUUUGCACCAAAAGAGCAGAGGAAAUUACACUAUAAAAUGCAAGGGGCACUCUGAAUAUCACAGAGCCAGAGCUAUUGCUACGCUUCAGUUCAAUUGCCAUCUUGCCCUUCUAGUGGCUUUGGUGAUUGGUGUAUAUUCAAUCAUCACUUACAGAAAUGGAGGCGGCAGUGAUUUUUUGCAGUACCGCCCGGUCGGGGCAGAGAUGCAGCCAUUUGGGUUUCAGGGUCAGUUCACUUUGGAUUCUGAUGAUGAUCUUGGUGAAGAGAGUAGUUUGGGGAAGACAAAGCAAGCAGUAGUCGAUGUGGGUGUGAAUGGUCAUGAAUCUCAUGAUGCUCAUCAAUGA